UUAAAAAGGACACUCCUCCGGUCACGUACAGGCAUUAAUCAGCGAUUUACGUUUAUGAUCAAACAAUUCUUGUCAUUAACAUAUCAUUUAACGCAAAAAAAUAUAUAUAAUUUUUUUAUCUUAUACGUAAUUACUCGUUGCAUGAUGGUAGGAGGAUAACAGUAGACGUUGUCUUAUUUAUGCAUUGUUAUGCUGACAGUUAUUUUUAGUCUACGUAUGGUUUAGGAAAUGCAUUUUUUCUUACCAUAAAUAUUUGUUAUUUAUAAAUGAAAGUGAAAUUAAAUAGGCGAUCACGUGUUUGUAGUAGGGAGAGCGAUAUCCAGAGUACGUACUACAUCCGUGAUUAGAUGAACAUGGCGCAGGGGAAACAGGCCAUCGGUGGACUGUAAACAAGAGGAAAUUUUGGGAUAACGUCGACAUCGUACCAUGCACGUGUGAAAUGGUCUCAAUCUCGAUAUACUGGACCAAUUGUUCUGCUUCAUUGAUGACUACGAGGCGACAGAUUGAGUGCAACACAUCAAAUUGCAUUCAUAAACAUUUCUAUAGGACUUCAAACCCCUGAGCAUUCAGUGCUCGGAUAUUUAAACAAAAAAAAAGCCUUGUUUUAUUGCGGAUGGCAUCCGUGCACGAUCAAAUGGCUGCAAAUGGAAAAGUCAAACGGAGUAAAGAUCUGCCCAGAGGCGUUGAGAGGUUAAAAGAGGAGCACAGAAAGGUGGUGAAAGAUUGCAGAAGUCAAAUUGAGCACUGGAAAAAAGUGGAAAAUGACUAUGAUUCUCUUCAAGAGCGCCUCAGGACUUUGCCUGACAAGUUGUCUUAUGAUAUUAUGGUACCGUUUGGUCCCUUGGCUUUCAUGCCGGGAAAGCUAGUUCACACUAAUGAGUUAACGGUGCUCCUCGGGGAUAACUGGUUUGCGAAGUGUUCUGCCAAACAAGCGGACGGUCUUGUGGAACACAGAAAGAAACAUGUCAAAAAUACGCUAGACGACUUGCAGAAAGUGAUGAAGAACUUUCAGAACAGAGCCGACUUUACAGAUGAUCUUGAAAAAUUGACUGGUGCUGAUACUGGAGAUUUUGUGGACAUAAGAGAAGAUGUUAUAAAUGAGGAAGAAGUUACCAAAGGAAAACAUCGUUUGGCCCACAAACCCAACUCUAAACCUAAGCUGGAGUAUUUGUUGGAGCUGGAAGAGGACGAGAAGAAAGAAGGUGAUGAAGAGAGAAAGACAGGUGUGCUGUCAGAGGAGGAGCUGUGGGCUCGACUUGAUGAACUAGAACGUGAGGAGGAACUUCAAGAUGAGAGAUACCGAUUGGACAGCACAGACACUAAUGGAGAAGACACCACUUCCUCCUCAGAGGAAGAGAAGGAAGCAGAUGGUGGCAGCGGUGUCCAGGUUAAUGGCCAUCAGAAGGAAAAUGGCUGGGUACCGACAUCUAUCCCAAGUCAGAUGAACGGCACUAAUGGCUCGCACCCUGAGGAUGAGGAUGAGGAGGAAGAAUGUGAUGAGGAAACAGGCAAUGGUCUUCCAACUAUCUACUUUUCUCAUACUGCCGAAUUCAAAAAGGUCAGGAUAAAUACAGGCAAGAACACCACCCUAAAAUUCAGCGAAAGAAAUGAACAAAAGGCACAAGCCAAGCGCAAAAAGAAAAGCGGCAAAAGCAACGGCCAUUCUCCUCAUGAAAGUUACAAGAUCACCAGCCCAGCAGACAUUUAUAGGGUGUUCGUGGACUUGGUGAACGGCGAGCCAAUACCGCGCAAGUCCAUUUUGAAGUCCCGCAGCCGUGAGAACAGCGUGUGCAGUGACACCAGCGAGAGCAGCACGGCGGACUUCGAAGAGCGCCGUGCAGCCUUCGGACGCUCGUGGAGCCACGAUGACGCCACAUACAGUGAUACCAGCGAUGGCAUUACAGAGGAGGAAAGCCCCACCGGAACGAGCCCCCGCGCUAACGGACGCUUUGAGGCUUUUACAGGCACAGUGAUUGAAAAGGAUCCCCUGCCUUCGUCCAUCCCACACCUGACCAUCGCUCCUCCUGCCUUACCCACAAUCCCUGAGAGGAAGCUGGAGGAGGUGGGCCCCGAAGCUCCUCAGGAGCCACCCAAGAGGAUAUCCAAGUUUAAAGCUACACGGUUGCAUCAGAAAUGAGUGUUCAUCUUAUCAGCGCACAACUUUUGAAUUCGGUUUUGUACAACAGUAAGACUUAUAGACUGACUUUCUCAUUAGCUGCCCCUAUUCCUCUGUCCUCCUUACUAUAAUGUCAUCCGUGUUUUUGUGACAUGCCAUGCACCCUGGAAAUUUUAUUUGCUCAAUAAGAGUAAUAAUAAUAAGAUAAGAGAUGAUUGAUUUUUCCCUCCUAAUGUUUGCUUUUUUUUAAAUGCCAGAUGAUUUAUUUGAAGAGUAAGUUCACCAGAAAAUGAAAACUGUCAUCAUUUCCUCGCCUUUUUUUUUUUUUUUUUUUUUUUUUUUUUUGUCUUCUUUGGAACACGAAAGACGUUGUUCCACAGGAAAGUCAUACAGGUUGGUUGAUUAAAUAAUGACAGAAUUUUCUUUUUUUUGCGUGAGCUGUCCAUUUAAGGAAUGAAGUAGUUUCACAUGUUGGUUAUCUUUUGCGUGGGUUAGUUUAGAUGAAUAAUUAUUAAAAACAGAAUGGAAAAAAUAAAACGCUUUUAAAACAAACAAAACUGUAGUUAGUGGCAUCAUGACAUUGUUGUCAUUUGGUCUACGAUGUGAUUUAUUUUCGGAAACGCUUUAUCACAAUUUAAUGUCAUUUUCUCAGAUCAUGACAUACACGUGCAACUUCGACCUAUGGUAGUCAUGCAAUUUGUCAGCUUAAAAAAAAAAAAAAAAAAACAUUUUUAUCCCCUCUGAACUUUUGCCUCUGACUUUCCCUUAUCUCGUUUUGUAUCUUGUUUUUGUAUUGUUUACAGAGUUUUGGCUUUGUGCAUCAGCUUUUUUUUGUGACAUUCGGAAAAUGUUGAUGUAACUGAAAUGGAAACAAAUAAAUGAUUUUGACUGUA